AUGAUCCUCCUCUCUGCACGCAACACAUUUACCCUUGUACUCUCCCGGACUUACAAUUCUGCCGCUCUGCUUCAAUUUCUCAAUCUUUCUGUCACCCAUAAAUCUCUGCCACUUACAAGACAAUCCCAGGCUCAAAUUCUCUCUUUUGGCCUCACUUCAAACUCCUUCUUAGCCACAAAGCUCAUCACUGCCUACGCUUUAUGUGGUCAUCUAACUCACUCACAACUCGUUUUUAACUCUUUUAAACCCAAGAAUGUGUAUCUAUAUAACUCAUUGAUAAAUGGGUAUGUCAAAAAUCAUGAUUACGAUGAAGCUUUCGAUUUAUUUAAUGAUAUGUGUUAUAGUAAUGUGUCUCCUGAUGAUUUUACGCUUGCAACAAUUGCAAAAGUUAGUGGUGAGAUUAAGGACUUGAGUUUAGGGAAGUUGAUUCACGGGAAGAGUAUAAAAGUUGGGUUUGUUUUGGAUAUUGUUCUUGCCAAUUCUCUUAUGGCCAUGUAUAACAAAUGUGGAAAAUAUAGUGAAGUUAAGAAUAUGUUCGAUGAAAUGCCGCAAAGAAAUUCGAGUUCUUGGAAUGUGCUGAUUUCAGGGUAUGCAAAUUCAGGGGAUUGUAGUUUUGCUAAAGAUUUGUGGGAAAUUGUUAAGUGUAUGCAGAUUGAUGGAGUAAAAUUUGAUGCAUUUACCGUUUCAAGUCUUUUGCCUCUAUGUGGUGGUCAAGAUGAUAUUGCUAGGAAGUGGGACUAUGGUAGGGAGCUUCAUUGUUAUAUUAUGAGGAAUGAAUUGGAUAUCGUUUCAGAUUGGAAUUUUCACUUGGACUGUUGUCUAAUUGAUAUGUACUCGAGAAGUAAUAAUCUUGUUCUGGGUAGACGGGUAUUUGAUAGAAUGAAGCAUAGAAAUGUUUAUAUUUGGACAGCAAUGAUCAAUGGUUAUGUGCAGAAUAGAGAGUUGGAUGAAGCAUUGGUUCUUUUUCGUGAAAUGCAGGAGAAAGAUAGAAUAGAACCUAAUAGAGUGUCUCUUGUGAGUGUUCUUCCGGCUUGUAGCUCACUUGUUGGUUUAAUCAGUGGGAAGCAAAUUCAUGGAUUUUCAAUUAGAAAGGAGCUCAAUCAUGAUGUGUCCUUGUGUAAUGCUUUGAUUGAUAUGUAUGCUAAGUGUGGGAGCUUGGAUUGUGCAAGGAAAGUUUUUGAGGAUAGUUCUUUUCAUAAAGAUUCAAUCUCCUGGAGUUCAAUGAUUUCAGGAUAUGGAUUGCAUGGGAACGGUGCAGAAGCUGUCUUCUUGUAUGAGAAGAUGCUUUCCCUUGGGAACAAACCAGACAUGAUAACAAUAGUAGGGGUUCUGUCUGCUUGUGGCAGGUCAGGGUUGAUAAAUGAAGGGCUUGAUAUCUAUAACUCAGGGAUAAAUGUAUACGAAAUUAAGCCAACAAUUGAGAUAUGUGCUUGUGUUGUCGAUAUGUUAGGUCGAGCAGGCCAGCUUGAAGGAGCACUUGAUUUCAUCAAAAAAAUGCCUGUGGAAUCUGGUCCAAGUGUUUGGGGGGCUCUUGUUAGUGCUUCUAUAAUGCAUGGAAAUGUUGAGAUGCAGGAUUUGGCUUAUAAAUUCCUUGUUCAGUUAGAACCAGAGAACCCCUCAAACUAUGUUUCACUGUCGAAUUUGUAUGCUUCCUCUCGAAGAUGGAAUGGUGUGGCUGAAGUGAGAGCAGCAAUGAAAGAUAAAGGUUUAAGGAAGGCACCUGGGUGCAGUUGGAUUAAUAUUAACGGCAAGACCCAUUGUUUUUUUGUUGCUGAUAAAGCUCAUCCUUUUUCCGAUUCAACUUAUGAAAUGCUAGAUAAACUCAGAUUAAUAAUGAAAGGAGAUUGUUAUUCAUUUUAUCUUGAAUCAAUGACAGUUUUUUAG